AUGUCCUCAAAAGAAGGAGAUUUGUAUCAUCAGCUGUUCUUGGCCUAUAAAGGCUCUCAUGCUGACUUGCCAGCGCAAGUAUGUCAAAAAAAUGCCAAUGAAAUUUGGAAAACGGCUAAAGAAAAACUAAAAAACAAAGAAAAGUUUAUAGAACAUAUAAAUGAUGUUAUACGAGAGUUGAAGGUGAAGGCCACGAAGAAGAAAGCAACAAUGCUGCAAUUCCAGAACCGUCUUCGUCUGCACUCCAGGUGCCAG